UGAUUGUCAUUCACUUCAGCGAGUGUUUCACGUUUGUUUACGAUUUAUUUUGAAAAUAAAAUGGAAGUCAACGAGUUAUUUUCGAAACUUAAAGAACUUGGCUAUACUAACACGAAACGAGCGGAACUACGUGAACUAUGCAAUCAAAAUAUUGAUCAGAUAUUGAAGUAUCUACCGCGAAGAAUUCUGAACAGUGAUGGAUGUAAAAUAAUUGAUUGCCUAUUUAAUGGAUUUUUAGACAACACUCCAUCGUAUCGGUCUAAAAUCAAGGUGAUCGACAUAGUCAUAAAGACACUGCGGAAGGAGUCAACAUCUCUGACCCACUGUGGAGAUUUAAUCAGUAGAAUAGGAUUGGAACUGGCUAAGACGCCAGUGAGUGAGCUCAUACAGUGGUGCAAUGAUACGGUCCAGUCCAUUGUGGAUGAUAGUGAUGUUAAUAUGAUUUGGAGAGACAUACUUCCCGAGUGCUUGAACACCUUCUCUGCAUCAGACACAGUGAAGCACUGCGGUACAGACAUGACGGCUACUGAAUACAGGGAACAGUGCAUCCGGACUCUGUGCCAGUGCGGCUGGAAGGAGCGCCAGUUGGUGCAGCUCACUGCUAUGUUCAAUGACAUGCAGCUUCCACGCAACGAGCACAAGCAGGUGGUGAACAAAAUCUGCACAUACAUCAUGGACUGUCCGCCAGACACGCUGCCCGCACUUGUCCACCAACUGAUAAAGCUAUGCAAAACGCAAGAUUUCGACAUAGUGCUAUCUCACCUAGGGCACUACUUCAGUGCCCAGUUGUAUAGCAAACUGGCUCCUCCCACACCUGAUUCGGAAGCUACUACCAUGGAUAUUGAGGAUAUUGUACCCCACAGCCCAGCAGAAGUAAGCCGCUGCCUCUCUACCUGCAUCUACCACAUAAUGGAGGGCACGGACAAGCCCCAGUUGUGCAAGGUGCUCCGGGGCUGGCCUCGGUCGCAGCUGCUCCGGGCACCGUUCCUACUGGACCUGGCUUUAGCCCUGUGUGCGGAGAGCGACUGCAGGGCUCUGUGUUUAGACGUAAUGAAAGCCGGGAUAUUAUCCCUCGAGUCGGAGUGCGCGGUGCGGCGCCGGUGCGCGGGCGCACGCGCCGUGUUGCCGCGCGCCGCCGCCGCCGCCGCCGUGCUGCGGGCGCUCACUACUGAAAGGUACACCUAUACUGUAUUAUAUUAUCCCGGGAGUGGGAGUGCGCGGUGCGGCGCCGGUGCGCGGGCGCACGCGCCGUGCUGCCGCGCGCCGCCGCCGCCGCCGCCGUGCUGCGGGCGCUCACUACUGAAAGGUACACCUAUACUGUAUUAUAUUAUCCCGGGAGUGGGAGUGCGCGGUGCGGCGCCGUGGGAGUGCGCGGUGCGGCGCCGGUGCGCGGGCGCACGCGCCGUGCUGCCGCGCGCCGCCGCCGCCGCCGCCGUGCUGCGGGCGCUCACUACUGAAAGGUACACCUAUACUGUAUUAUAUUAUCCCGGGAGUGGGAGUGCGCGGUGCGGCGCCGGUGCGCGGGCGCACGCGCCGUGCUGCCGCGCGCCGCCGCCGCCGCCGCCGUGCUGCGGGCGCUCACUACUGAAAGGUACACCUAUACUGUAUUAUAUUAUCCCGGGAGUGGGAGUGCGCGGUGCGGCGCCGUGGGAGUGCGCGGUGCGGCGCCGGUGCGCGGGCGCACGCGCCGUGCUGCCGCGCGCCGCCGCCGCCGCCGCCGUGCUGCGGGCGCUCACUACUGAAAGGUACACCUAUACUGUAUUAUAUUAUCCCGGGAGUGGGAGUGCGCGGUGCGGCGCCGGUGCGCGGGCGCACGCGCCGUGCUGCCGCGCGCCGCCGCCGCCGCCGCCGUGCUGCGGGCGCUCACUACUGAAAGGUACACCUAUACUGUAUUAUAUUAUCCCGGGAGUGGGAGUGCGCGGUGCGGCGCCGUGGGAGUGCGCGGUGCGGCGCCGGUGCGCGGGCGCACGCGCCGUGCUGCCGCGCGCCGCCGCCGUGCUGCGGGCGCUCACUACUGAAAGGUACACCUAUACUUGGGAGUGCGCGGUGCGGCGCCGGUGCGCGGGCGCACGCGCCGUGCUGCCGCGCGCCGCCGCCGCCGCCGCCGUGCUGCGGGCGCUCACUACUGAAAGGUACACCUAUACUGUAUUAUAUUAUCCCGGGAGUGGGAGUGCGCGGUGCGGCGCCGGUGCGCGGGCGCACGCGCCGUGCUGCCGCGCGCCGCCGCCGCCGCCGCCGUGCUGCGGGCGCUCACUACUGAAAGGUACACCUAUACUGUAUUAUAUUAUCCCUCGAGUCGGAGUGCGCGGUGCGGCGCCGUGGGAGUGCGCGGUGCGGCGCCGGUGCGCGGGCGCACGCGCCGUGCUGCCGCGCGCCGCCGCCGCCGCCGCCGUGCUGCGGGCGCUCACUACUGAAAGGUACACCUAUACUUGGGAGUGCGCGGUGCGGCGCCGGUGCGCGGGCGCACGCGCCGUGCUGCCGCGCGCCGCCGCCGUGCUGCGGGCGCUCACUACUGAAAGGUACACCUAUACUGUAUUAUAUUAUCCCGGGAGUGGGAGUGCGCGGUGCGGCGCCGGUGCGCGGGCGCACGCGCCGUGCUGCCGCGCGCCGCCGCCGCCGCCGCCGUGCUGCGGGCGCUCACUACUGAAAGGUACACCUAUACUGUAUUAUAUUAUCCCGGGAGUGGGAGUGCGCGGUGCGGCGCCGUCGGAGUGCGCGGUGCGGCGCCGGUGCGCGGGCGCACGCGCCGUGCUGCCGCGCGCCGCCGCCGCCGCCGCCGUGCUGCGGGCGCUCACUACUGAAAGGUACACCUAUACUGUAUUAUAUUAUCCCGGGAGUGGGAGUGCGCGGUGCGGCGCCGGUGCGCGGGCGCACGCGCCGUGCUGCCGCGCGCCGCCGCCGCCGCCGCCGUGCUGCGGGCGCUCACUACUGAAAGGUACACCUAUACUGUAUUAUAUUAUCCCGGGAGUGGGAGUGCGCGGUGCGGCGCCGUGGGAGUGCGCGGUGCGGCGCCGGUGCGCGGGCGCACGCGCCGUGCUGCCGCGCGCCGCCGCCGUGCUGCGGGCGCUCACUACUGAAAGGUACACCUAUACUGUAUUAUAUUAUCCCGGGAGUGGGAGUGCGCGGUGCGGCGCCGGUGCGCGGGCGCACGCGCCGUGCUGCCGCGCGCCGCCGCCGCCGCCGCCGUGCUGCGGGCGCUCACUACUGAAAGGUACACCUAUACUGUAUUAUAUUAUCCCGGGAGUGGGAGUGCGCGGUGCGGCGCCGUGGGAGUGCGCGGUGCGGCGCCGGUGCGCGGGCGCACGCGCCGUGCUGCCGCGCGCCGCCGCCGCCGCCGCCGUGCUGCGGGCGCUCACUACUGAAAGGUACACCUAUACUUGGGAGUGCGCGGUGCGGCGCCGGUGCGCGGGCGCACGCGCCGUGCUGCCGCGCGCCGCCGCCGCCGCCGCCGUGCUGCGGGCGCUCACUACUGAAAGGUACACCUAUACUGUAUUAUAUUAUCCCGGGAGUGGGAGUGCGCGGUGCGGCGCCGGUGCGCGGGCGCACGCGCCGUGCUGCCGCGCGCCGCCGCCGUGCUGCGGGCGCUCACUACUGAAAGGUACACCUAUACUGUAUUAUAUUAUCCCGGGAGUGGGAGUGCGCGGUGCGGCGCCGUGGGAGUGCGCGGUGCGGCGCCGGUGCGCGGGCGCACGCGCCGUGCUGCCGCGCGCCGCCGCCGCCGCCGCCGUGCUGCGGGCGCUCACUACUGAAAGGUACACCUAUACUGUAUUAUAUUAUCCCGGGAGUGGGAGUGCGCGGUGCGGCGCCGGUGCGCGGGCGCACGCGCCGUGCUGCCGCGCGCCGCCGCCGUGCUGCGGGCGCUCACUACUGAAAGGUACACCUAUACUGUAUUAUAUUAUCCCGGGAGUGGGAGUGCGCGGUGCGGCGCCGUGGGAGUGCGCGGUGCGGCGCCGGUGCGCGGGCGCACGCGCCGUGCUGCCGCGCGCCGCCGCCGUGCUGCGGGCGCUCACUACUGAAAGGUACACCUAUACUGUAUUAUAUUAUCCCGGGAGUGGGAGUGCGCGGUGCGGCGCCGGUGCGCGGGCGCACGCGCCGUGCUGCCGCGCGCCGCCGCCGCCGCCGCCGUGCUGCGGGCGCUCACUACUGAAAGGUACACCUAUACUGUAUUAUAUUAUCCCGGGAGUGGGAGUGCGCGGUGCGGCGCCGUGGGAGUGCGCGGUGCGGCGCCGGUGCGCGGGCGCACGCGCCGUGCUGCCGCGCGCCGCCGCCGUGCUGCGGGCGCUCACUACUGAAAGGUACACCUAUACUGUACACCUAUACUGUAUUAUAUUAUCCCGGGAGUGGGAGUGCGCGGUGCGGCGCCGGUGCGCGGGCGCACGCGCCGUGCUGCCGCGCGCCGCCGCCGCCGCCGCCGUGCUGCGGGCGCUCACUACUGAAAGUGCCAGCCAUCGCCAACUCACCGUGCUAGGCCUCAUCAGCCUGGCAUUCUCCCUGCUGUCCACCGCUCGCGGCAAGCCCCACGCCGCCUCCUGCUGGUCGCUCGCCAAACUCAUACUGGCGAGGCUGAGCAAGGCGCAGCCCGAGACUGCCCCACAUAUACUGGCCACGUUGGCCGACAGAUUGAACACGGACAGUCCACAGAGACAGUACGCAGAUUGCCUCUUCGUCCUGUGCAAACUAACCCCCGUCUCCGUCGAGCGCUGCUCCCAACUAAGCGCCAUAUUGGAGAACUGCAAACCCUCGGCCGACUUCAAGAGCUGCGCUCUCGUAUUAGAGGCCGUACAUCCGCUCAUUAACUUCAGUGCACGGACGAGGGACUGUCUCUUCAUGGUGUGCAGGAAGGGGAUCAACUCUAGGGACUCUGCCCACCGCCGCCUCGCGCUGUCCGGUUUCCUGACUGUCCUGCGUCACGUGAAGGUGUCCCGGACGUUCAGCAGCAGCCAGAGCACGUACAGCGAUGACAGCCAUGCGUCAUAUCUGACACAGCUCACUAUUGUGCACUCCUCACAAGCUGGAGCCCCAGCGGCGUCUAGUGUGCGCAACGAGUCAGUAUGUCUGGAGGUGGUGUCGAUACUACGACGGUGCCUUGUACAAGAUGCGGCCGUCAAACAACUGCUUUAUACUAAAUUGUACGAGUGUGUAAAAGACAAGCCGGGCCUCCACGAGUGCGUUCUUGACUUUCUGAACGAGCACCUCACCAAAUAUUUGGAAGAGGAACGAGUGCUUUGGGACAAGUGUGUGCAAAUCAACGAAGCCACCGCCGUAUUAGUGGAACCCAUAUCCCACCUCCUCUACGUGACAGCACAGUUCCUCCAAGAGGAGGAGGAGGAAUUAGAGGACAUUUUAGCCAGCCAGGCCGACAACGGCAGCGCCGCUUUACGCAGUAAGCUGGCACUAGAUCUGACGAAGAUUUGUGACAGCGAGCGGUUCGCUCAUAUUGAAGUGGAUGACGUAGGCCUUUCAGACCUGACCCCCGAAUCCCAGGCGAAAACCUUCAAGUUUCAGCAGAUACUGUCAUCGUACGAGGCGCUGGUCGCCUACCAGGUCAUGAAGUGGGACCGUAAUAGUCCUAAAACUACCGCCACUGUGCUUAAUCUGUUCAAGGGGUACACACAGUUAUUGGAUAACACCAAGGCAACACCAAAAUUAGGCAAGAAGGGCAGUAAAUCAACUCUAAACGAGACGCGAGAAACCGUCAAGUCGCAGAAGAGUCAAAAGUCACAGAAUGACAAGGAUAACAGGCCAGUCAAAGUGUCAAACUUGACUAAAGAUAGAGGUGCUCCUUUCAAGACGUUACCUUGCGUCUGGGACCUGAAAAUAUGUCUACGAGUGAUGGAACUGCUGUAUAGCGAAGAAGUCCCGUGGUGCACUCUCGAGCAACGAAACCGAAUUCGUAGCUCACGAGAGUUCCACCAUUGGUCGCUGCGCUGUGUCCGCUCUGUGGUCGAACUAGCGGACAAGCAGGGGGUUAAACUCAUCGCUCAUAUAGCCACAAUUAUGUACAAGCGGUGUGUCUGCAGAUUCCGUGACAUGUGUGAGUUUGACGACACGACGGCGCUGGGUUGUGUUGAGUUGUUCACAGAUUGUCUCACGUUCAUCCUGUCCCCCGACCACGCCUUCAAAACUGACAGUUUCCUGUCGACAAUCACGGAAAUAUCAGAAGAGCAAGAAUCCUCCUACAUAGCCGCGAUACUAGAGCACGUCCACACAGCUCUCUCUCAAGUAGAAGAGGAGAGCGCAGAAGAGGGAGACAGCGUGAACAAAAAACUAGUGUCGGCGUGUUGCCAGCUCGCUGCCGUACUGUUGGAGACCCCACUGGUUGCCUGCGAGAGAUAUACUGCAGCGUUGUUAAAGCUAGAAGAAUACGUUCGAACCAGUAAACAGGAUUGCCUGUCACUCAUUCCACCGCUACUGACGGCCGGAGCGAGGAUACAGCAGGAGGCGCCAUUGCUGGACGAGCUGUUGGAUAAGCUGGCCAGCGCGCUGGGCAGGAUUGAUGUAAGUGACAGACAGACAGAAUUGCCUGUCACUCAUUCCACCGCUACUGACGGCCGGAGCGAGGAUACAGCAGGAGGCGCCAUUGCUGGACGAGCUACAGACAGACAGAAUUGCCUGUCACUCAUUCCACCGCUACUGACGGCCGGGGCGAGAAUAAAGCAGGAGGCGCUAUUGCUGGACGAGAUGCUGGAUAAGCUGGCCAGCGUGUUGGACAGGAUUGAUGAAGAAGACACGUCCGCCGGUGGCGAAGAAUCCCCCAACUUCCCGUCCAUCGAGUGUCGCACCGGGCACACCGUGCUGCCGCACGUCUGCGCGCACCUGACCCGGCUCGGCUCCGGCGCCGAGCUCCUGCUGCAGCGCGCGAGGGACCUGGCCGCCGCGCUGCCUGCAGAGCAAGGAAUCAUGUAUACACACGGACUGUUCAAGGGCUCCCUAUCCUUUGAACUUCAAGAAGUAUACUCAGCAGUGAUCCUCCUACUCUGCCAGCUGACGUCCUGGAGCCGCUCGGCGUGCACUCUACGGUGUACAGUCGGCGUCGGCAGUUCCCGUGUCCUGUCGUCUCUGUCUCGACUGUACACGUUGCUGGCAACGUUAGUGAGACAGCUGACUCCUGUCACUCUCGACUCAAACAUACGAAGUGUGGAGCGCCUGCUAAAACUGUGCGGCAAAAAGCUGUCCUCGGCAGUCGACAACCUCGUGACGUUCCUGGAAGCGUCCAGCAAGAAGGCGCGCGACACCAAACAAAUACCGAGAGUUGUGUUUGAGGCCGAGCGCUUCGGCCGACAGGUGGCGCUGCUGUCCGCCAACACCAAGGUGAAUUUGAUGCAGUACCUUCCCAUGGGGACAGCUCGGGACUUCAGGAUACGGGCACCGGUGAUUGAAGAGAUGCUCAAAGACAACCCGGAGAUAGACGAGGCGGAAGACGAAGAUGAGCCUGUCGAAGCCCUUUCUCCAGUCGCGAGCGAUAACGAGGACAGCCGGGACGCAGAACCACCCACUAAAAGGAGGCGAUCGUAAAGUAAAGUAAAGUAAAGAUUUAUUUGUGGAACACAGGUAAUACAGUUAAGGUCUUAUAUAUAAAAUAAUAAAUAGAGCUCUGUGCUUUGCCUAUUAGCGUACAAAUAUUAAAAACUUAAAAUAUAAUACAAUUUUGCAUGAUACUUGUAUCUUAAGAAAGCAAAUAAAGUACUGAAACUGAAACUGAAUGGUGACUUAUUAUGUUAAUAAUAAAUUAUUUCAGUUAAACAAACAUAUCUACCUAUUAGUAAUAUUACGACAAUAAACAUUUAGAGCACAAAUAACAUAUU